AAAAUUUGAAGAACAAACUGGUCAAGAGGAGGCUCCGAUGUAAAAGUAUAAAAGCCUGACUGCGAUCAGCGGUAGGCAUCAGUUCAUUCUGACAAAAGAACCAAGUGUGUGUUCGUUGAAGUGUAACGAAAUUAUCAACCAAACGUCAAAGACAAUGGCUCGUGUAGCAGUUCUUCUCUUACUAGUCGUGGCAGUCGUCUAUGCCGCUGCAUACCCUAACAUCCCCGAAGACACGCAGUGUGGUCCCAACGAGGAGUUCAAGUCGUGUGGGUCACCGUGUGUGGACACUUGCCAGAAGAAAGCUAGUCCCGUUUGUGUGCUGAGAUGCCAGGUCGGCUGUCAGUGUAAACCGGGAUUCGUGAGGAACAACGACCAUCAGUGCGUCUUGACUCGUGACUGCUAACACCUGAACCAAUGUGGACUGCUAAUUUAAGACUGAUCAUCGCUACUCUGUUGUGGCUUACUUCUGUCAAGCUUUGUUGUCUGGCCGGAUUUUAAAUAUAUAAGAUACGU